AUGGCGUCGAAACUCACACCCUUCCUCUUCAGAACGGCUGCUCGGUCAACAUGCCGCAUCGCGAGGCCACAGAUUCGCGCCAUCAGCACGUCGACGGUCCGCCCGAGCAGCACCCUCCAAGUGCACCGCAACACGGCCGACAACAAUGUCGAGAUUCCCUUCAAGUUCACCCCGCAGAAUGAGGCCGUCAUCGCCGAGCUCCUCAAGCGCUACCCUCCCCAGUACAAGAAGGCCGCCGUCAUGCCCGUCCUCGACCUUGGGCAACGUCAGCACGGAUUCACCUCAAUCAGCGUCAUGAACGAGGUGGCCCGCAUCCUCGAGAUGCCUCCGAUGCGCGUCUACGAAGUCGCCUCCUUCUACACCAUGUACAACCGCACGCCUGUCGGCAAGUUCUUCAUCCAGGCCUGCACAACGACCCCCUGCCAGCUCGGCGGCUGCGGCUCCGACGCCAUCGUCAAGACGAUCGAGGAGCACCUCGGCAUCAAGCAGGGCGAGACGACGGCCGACGGCCUCUUCUCCUACCUCGAGGUCGAGUGCCUCGGCGCCUGCGUUAACGCGCCCAUGGUCCAGAUCAACGACGACUACUACGAGGACCUGACCCCCGAGACAACCCGGCAGCUCAUCGAUGCCCUCCGCGCCAGCGUCUCCAUUGUCAACGGCGAGGCUACCGUCGACCACGCCAAGGUCCCCAAGCCCGGCCCCAUCAACUCGGGCCGCCAGACGUGCGAGAACAGCGCCGGCCCCCACGAACCUGACUAG